AUGACUUUUUACGCACCCUCCUCCCCAGUGGAACUGGAGAACGCUUUCGAGGUUUUACUGAUGGACGAUGAUGACGACGAAACUUCUCAUUCUCCUCAGGAGAACGACGAAGAAGACGAAGAUGACGUUCCUCCUCCGGUGAACCACGAAGGCGCUCCUCCUCCUCAGGUGCAAUGUGGAGUGAUGGGCAGUCUUGAACCUCCUUGCAAUGCAGUAGGCUUAAUUGAUCGAUAUUUUCUUGGUGAACAUCAUCUUUAUCAACAUCCUGUGUACAGAAGAACAAAGGAAUGCAGUGUCAAUUCUCCUGAUUAUGGACCUCUACUACCAACUUCACCUCAGUGGUGCCUUGCUCCAUUUGAUCCAGAGGGCAUCUUAAGUUCAUUGAUGGCGGCCAUUACGUGUUUUGUGGGACUGCAAUGUGGACACAUUGCUCUUCAUUUUAAGGGCAACAUGCAGAGGGUAUUUUUGUGGUCUCUGUCUUCCUUUCCUCUACUGAUCUUGGGAUAUGUCUUAGAUGUCCUUGGUGUUCCUUUUUCCAAACCACUGUACACAUUGAGCUAUAUGUGCAUCACGGCAGGAACAUCAGGAUUCCUCUUAACCAUUAUCUUUUACAUCGUAAGCUUAUUCUUUUACACACUAGUAUUUUUCGUAAUAAUAAGACUUCUGCAUAGGGGAGAAAGGAAAGAAAACAUAUUACGAUUGUUAUCCAAUCAGCUUUUUCUGCUUUAUGGUUUAACGACUGGUGCUAUAGCAGCAAGACAGCUUUCCGGCCACUUUUGGUCGAACUCAAAACUCGGAUGCAAAAGUGUUGGAAGUGGAAUUAGAAUUACCUUGGUUGACAACACGGAAUCAGUAUUGCAGUUCAUGCUUCAUUCAAAGAAGUGGGGAACCCUGGCAUUCGUACUGCUCGAGAUUUUAUUUCGGGGUCUCGUUGCCGGUGUCCUCGACAUGAAACGUGUAUAUUACAGGCUAUAG